AUGGAGUCGGGAGCUUGUCGCAUACCUCCCUUUCCUCUGCUCUGGAAUCCACUACUGCUACCAUUUUCGACAGCGUUGAUGGCAAAGCUUCAGAAAAAAAAUAAAAUUAACCUCAUUCUAGGUUCACCUUCCACGCCUUCCCCGUUGUUGUCAAAAAGUAAAAAGGAGCGUGAUUGUCAGUGUGAAAUUUGUGGAAAGACAUUUGGACGUCACUGGCUUCUGCAAGGACACUUACGCACUCACACUGGUGAGAAGCCAUUCUCGUGCAACAUCUGUGGGAAAGCUUUCGCCGACAAAAGCAAUCUUCGUGCUCACAUUCAAACCCAUAGCAGUGAAAAACCACAUCACUGCCUACGAUGUGGAAAACGAUUUGCGCUGAAGUCAUACCUUAGCAAGCAUGAAGAAUCGUCUUGCUACCGUAGCACGUCCACUAAUUCCGACAGUCGGUUGAAUCCUCGACUGACCCACUACUUCAUCUGUUUUCCGGAAAACCAGCUUUUCGGAAAGAAUUCUGUUUAG